AUGCGGGCGGAGGACCGGGAGUUCCGCGUGCUGCCGCUAACGGUGAAAGCGAUGGCGGUGGCGAGCGCGUACCGCGUGGGUGAGAGCAGCUUCGUGGUAAUGGGGGAGUACCUCACACCCGUCUUGGCGCAUCAUCUGAAGCGCGCGCUCGUCGACGAGUGCGCGUGGGAGGGGGAAACCGACGACCACGCGGUGACUGCGGCAGAGUUUCUCUGGGUAUGCUCCUCCCCCCUCCCUUCUCCGCACCUCCUCUCCCCCGUACAUUUCACCCGCGCGAUCGCUGCCGCGGAGCUUCUCUGGCUUCGAAAGGAGGACUACCACGGCACGCCGUGGGCGCCGGUGAUGAUUCGCUGCACGUUCGCGCGGCCCGUGGGGGGUGACAAUAACGGAGGGUCGUUGCUGCUCCGGCGACGGGGAACCGAGGAACCGAGGGCGAUUGUAAAGAAGUUCCCUUUGGUGAUUCAAGAGAUGGAAAUGGAGGUGCUUCGCGAGGAGCCGGGCGCGUUUGAGCUUAUAAAGCAGCCGCCAAUAUACGAGUUGGCGCACUGUAGCGGUCCCCUUUAUGGCCACCUGCGGCCCCGUGCCGUCUCUGAUUGGCUACACUACCACUCGCGCGCAGUUGGCGUACAACACUUCUUCCUCCACGAUUUCGGGGCUAUAAGCGGAGAUUACUCCACCACGUCAGCAGAUACCGCAGCAGGACCAGCAGCAAUAGCAGGAGCAGCAGCAGGAGGGAGUGCAGCAAGCGGAGCAAGAGGAGGGAGCGGAGUGAGCAGGGUGGGCGGAGCGAGAGGAGCGGAGACUGGCGGAGAAGAGGAGCCGUCGUUGGCGGAGGCCGUGGCGCCGUUCGAGGCGCGAGGGCUGGUGACGGUGACGCGGCUGCUGGGGCACGAGCGGUUCCGGUCGCACUACUGGCACCAGAUACUGACCCAGAACGACUGCCUCUACCGCGCCCGCUACACCGCCAGGUAA